GCCAUUCUUUGCGAUGAGUUCACCAAGUACAAACAAGUCCCUGCAGAACAAAGAAUAGAGAAAGUGAAAGUAAAAGAUGUAUUGUGGUUGUCAGAGCAGUGAAUGUUAUGUAGGGGUGGAGACGGAUGUUUAUUCAUUUCACAGCAGAGCAGCAGCAACAGGAUGAAUCGAUUUUUGAGGAGACAAGAAAAUCCUGCUGAGGAGCCUGAGUCUAAAACUCUGGAUGAUCCAUGGAGGGAACUACGCUGGGGAGAAAAACAGAUGAAUCUUCAAUAUGUGCAGGAAUACAAACCUGAAAAAGACGACAUCAGGUACCUUCGUGUCCUGCUGUACGGACCAGUUGGAUCUGGAAAGUCCAGUUUCAUCAACUCUGUCAGUAACGUCAUUCGAGGUCGGAUGACGAUUCCUGCUUUGGCCAGCGCGAUGACGUCUGACCAAAGCUUCACCAAAAGGUAUGAGACUCAUAAGUUCAUUAAAGGACGAGGAAGCACAAAGACAUUUUAUCCUCUGGUCUUCAACGACAUCAUGGGACUGGAAGACGGGACCGACAGAGGAGUUCAUGCUGACGACAUCAAACUGGCUUUGAAAGGUCAUGUGAAGGAAGGCCACAAGUUCAACCCAGUUGCUCCUAUAUCUCAAAAUGACCCAGGCUACAACCCGACUCCCUCUGCUGAUGACAAAGUUCAUGUCCUGGUCUGUGUGAUGUCAGCCAACACUCCUCAGAUGAAUUCAUCAGUUCUGGAGAAGAUGAAGAGCAUCAGAGAAGCAGCCAGUGAUCUGGGAAUUCCUCAGAUGGCCAUGAUGACCCACAUCGAUGAGGCCUGUGGUGAAAUUGAGAAAGAAUUGAAGAAUGUCUACAAGAGCAAGUACCUGAAAAAAAAGAUGAAAGACUUCAGCGCAGCAGUGGGAAUCCCCAUGAACUGCAUCUUCCCUGUGAAGAACUACAGUGAAGAAAUCGACUUGAAUGAUGAUGUUGAUGCUCUGGUCCUGAGCGCUCUGAGGAAUAUGAUCAACUUUGGGGACGACUUCAUUGAGAAGAUUUAAACUGAGAUAAAAAAAAAAAAACAAUGAGGAGGAGCAGGUUCAGUUACAUCCAAUAUACUGAAUAUAUAUGUAGAGUUACAGCUUCAUAAAGUUAUGAUAGGUAAGAGGAACACAUUUAGUAGAAUUUGUUUUAAAUCAGAACUAAAAAUAUAUAUGGUUGUGCAGUCGUGUUUAUUUUCUUAAACAUCUAAUCUGGUCUUUUUUAUAUAUACAAGAUUCUCUCAUAUUUUUUCUAUACUUUUUUGUGACAUUUACUUUAUCUUUUUGAUUCAUCAGUUGUUUUUUUCAUGUACUUGUAAAGUACAUUGUCAUUUGAAGUGCUUACAUGCAUUAUGUGUACAAAGCUGGUGCACAAAUAAACCUUUUCUUUUCAAUAAAACUUUUCAUAAAUUGCUAUUCAUUGUGUUACAAUGUUAAACAUCUCUGGACAGUCUGGUUAAAUGUUAUUUUGACAUAAGAAGAUGAUUCAAUCAUAUGCCAGAAGUUUGAAUAAAACUGCCAACUUCA